AUGGGAGCACCUGUGCUUGUUCUUAUGGUGGUGUAUUCGGUGCGUAGUUACAUCUGGGCCAUUUGGUGGCUAAAUCCCUUGUUUAAAAUCGGUCACAAACGGAGACUAGAAGAAGAUGACAUGUACUCAGUGCUUCCUGAAGAUCGCUCCCAGCACCUUGGAGAAGAGCUGCAAGGGGCACUGCGGGCAGUGAGCAUCUGGGCAGGUGAAGUCUGCCCCACACAGCUGGAGAGACAGAGAAUCUGUCAGCUCACAGGUGACUGGGUGGUCCUGGGGGAUGGAAUUCUCGCUGAUGACAAACGUGGGUUGGCCAUCGGCCAGAGGGUUGGGACAGGGACUGCGGGUGGGGAGGACAGGUCUCUGCCUGCUCAGGGCCCUCAGGGUGGAGAGGAGGAGCCUGAAGCCUCUGCCUGGACCAGAGACGCAGAGACCACCUCCCCAGGUCAUCAGCGCUUCUCUUUGAGAGGUGCAGUUCAGGGUGGGGAAGAGUGGGAAGGCACCAGAGUAGUUCAACCCAUAUUUUUGGGGAAAAUGAUUAGUUAUGUUGAAAACUAUGAUCCCAAUGAUUCUGCCGCUUUGCACGAAGCCUACGCCUACGCGGCAGGGCUGAGCGCCAGUGUGCUCCUGUGGGCCGUUCUGCACCAGUUCUACUUCUAUCACAUUCAGCGUGUGGGGAUGAGGCUGAGAGUAGCCAUGUGCCAUAUGAUCUACCGCAAGACACUUCGCCUGAGUACCUUGGCCAUGGGGAAGACCACCACAGGUCAGAUAGUCAACCUGCUGUCCAACGAUGUGAACAGGUUUGACCAGGUAACGAUGUUCUUGCACUAUCUGUGGGUGGGGCCACUGCAGGCUAUCGCAGUGACUGCCCUGCUCUGGAUGGAAAUAGGAAUUCCAUGUUUCUCUGGGAUGGCAGUUCUCAUUAUUGUUCUGCUGGUGCAAAGCUGCUUCGGGAUGUUGUUUUCAGCACUUCGGAGCAAGACCGCAGCUCUCACAGAUGACAGGAUCAGGACAAUGAGUGAAGUUAUAACUGGCAUCAGAACAAUAAAAAUGUAUGCUUGGGAAAAGUCAUUUGCAGACCUUAUUACCACAUUGAGAAGAAAGGAAAUUUCCAGGAUUCUGAAAAGUUCCUACCUUAGAGGAAUGAAUUUAGCUUCAUUUUUCACUGUGAGCAAAAUUAUGAUUUCUGUCACCUUCAUCACCAAUGAUCUCCUUGACAAUGUGAUCACAGCCAGCCAAGUGUUUGUGGUGGUGACACUGUUCGAGGCUCUGCGGUUUUCAAGCACCCUCUACUUCCCCAUGGCUGUCGAGAAGGUGUCAGAGGCUGUUAUCAGCAUCCAAAGAAUCAAGCACUUUCUGUUACUGGAUGAGAUACCACAGCACAACCCUCAGCUGCCAUCAGAUGGUAAAACAAUUGUGGACGUGCAAGAUUUCACUGCUUUUUGGGAUAAGGCAUCAGGAAAACCAACCCUACAAGGCCUUUCCUUUACUGUCAGACCCGGUGAACUGUUAGCUGUGGUCGGACCUGUGGGAGCAGGAAAGUCGUCACUGUUGAAUGCUUUGCUGGGGGAGCUGCCCCCGAGCCAGGGGCAGGUCAGCGUGCACGGGAGGAUCGCGUAUGUUUCUCAGCAGCCCUGGGUGUUUCCAGGAACUGUGAGGAGUAACAUUUUAUUUGGGAAGAAAUAUGAACAAGAUCGAUAUGAAAAAGUAAUAAAGGCUUGUGCUUUGGAAGAGGAUUUACAGCUUUUGAAGGAUGGAGAUCUAACUGUGAUAGGAGACAGGGGAACCCCACUGAGUGGAGGCCAGAAAGCCCGGGUCAGCCUUGCCAGAGCUGUGUAUCAGGACGCAGACAUCUACCUCCUGGAUGAUCCGCUCAGUGCGGUGGAUGCAGAAGUCAGCAGACAUUUGUUUGAACAGUGUAUUUGCCAAGCCUUGCAUGAGAAGAUCACAAUCUUAGUGACUCAUCAGUUGCAGUACAUAAAAGAUGCAAGUCAGAUUCUGAUACUGAAAUAUGGUGAGAUGGUGCGAGAGGGGACUUACAGUGAGUUUCUGAAAUCCUGGGUAUAUUUUGAUUCCCUUUUAAAGAAGAAGGAGGAGGGUGAACCAUCUUCAGUGAAGAAUCAGACCUCCUCUGAGCCUUCAGUUCUAUCUCAAGAGUCUUCUAGACCCUUGGUGAAAGACGCUGCUCCAGAGGACCAAGAUACUGAGAAUAUGCAGGUCAUGCUAUCACUUGAGGGUCGUUCAGAAGGAAAAGUUGGUUUUAAGACCUAUGAGAAUUACUACACAGCUGGCACUCACUGGUUUAUCAUCAUUUUUCUUAUUCUGGUAAACAUCACAGCUCAGGUUGUCUACGGUCUGCAGGACUGGUGGCUUCAAGACUGGGCAAAUGAAGAGAGUAGUCUGUAUGCCAUAGCACAUGGAAAAGGAAAAGUACUUGUGGUGCCUAAUCCUGCCUGGUACCUUACAGUUUACUCAGUUCUACCUGUAGGUACCAUCCUUUUGGGCAUCACAAGAUCUCUGUUGAUAUUCUACAUCCUUGUUAACUCUUCACAAACUUUGCACAACAAAAUGUUGGAUUCUAUUUUGAGAGCUCCAGUAUUGUUCUUCCAUAGAAAUCCAAUAGGAAGAAUUGUAAAUCGUUUCUCCAAAGACAUUGGGCAUAUGGAUGACUCGCUGCCCCAGAUAUUUCAAGACUUCAUCCAGACAUUUCUUCUUGUGAUUGGUGUGGCGAUUGUGAUGGUGGCAGUGAUUCCUUGGAUUGUGAUACCCGUAAUUCCCCUUGGCAUCAUUUUCUAUGUUCUUCGGCGAUAUUUCUUAGAGACGUCACGAGAUGUCAAGCGCCUGGAAUGUACAACACGGAGCCCGGUGUUUUCCCACUUAGCAUCUUCUCUCCGGGGACUCUGGACCAUCCGGGCGUACAGAGCCCAACAGAAGUUUCAGGAACUGUUCGACACACACCAGGACUUGCAUUCAGCUUUGAAUCCUGGGCAGGUUGGCUUGAUACUGUCUCUUGCCCUCAUGUUCAUGGGGAUGUUCCAGUGGUGUGUCAGUCAAAGCAAUGAAGCUGAGGAUAUGAUGAUUUCAGUAGAAAGAGUAACUGAAUAUACAGAGCUUGAAAAAGAAGCGGCCUGGGAAUAUGUGUAUCGUCCACCACCAUCCUGGCCCCAUGAAGGAAGGAUUGUCUUUGAUGAAGUGAAUUUCAUGUAUGGCUUGUAUGGGCCUCUGGUAUUGAAGGACUUGAAAGCAUAUGCUUACCAAGGAGUAAAGAUGGGCAUUGUGGGAAGAACAGGAGCUGGGAAAAGUUCCUUGGUUGCUGCCCUUUUUAGAUUGUUGGAACCCAAAGGUCGCAUUUGGAUUGAUAACAUCUGGACAACCAAUAUUGGACUUCAUGAUUUAAGGAAGAAAAUGUCAGUUGUAUCUCAGGAACCUCUUUUAUUCACUGGAACGAUGAGGAAAAAUCUGGAUCCCUUUAAUGAGCAUACACAUGAGGAAAGGUGGAAUGCCUUAGAAGAGGUACAACUUAAAGAAACCAUCAGAAGUCUUCCUGAUGGAAUGUAUACUGAAUUAGUAGAAUCAGGAUUGAACUUGAGUGUUGGACAGAGACAACUGCUGUGCCUUGCCAGGGCUAUUCUCAGGAAAAAUAAGAUAUUGAUUAUUGACAAAGCCACAUCAAAUGUGGAUCCAAGAACUGAUCAGUUAGUAAAAAAAGAAAUUCGUAAGAAAUUUGCCCAGUGCACUGUGCUGACCAUCACCCACAGAUUGAGCACCAUUAUUGACAGUGACAGGAUAAUGCACUGUAUUUUGAAGACUGUCGCCAAAAGCACCCUUCUUCCAUAAUAAAGGAAUCAUGCUGUGAAA